CUCAGUCGAGCCAAGGCAACCAUGAGCUGGAGCUGGAGCUUUGCGAAGGCCAGCAGCCUCGCCGUCCUCCUCAUGCUGGCUCUCGCGCUCCAACAGCUCGAGGCAGACAUGUCAAUGUCGUGCUCCGGCAUGCUCUCCGACUUGUCUCCGUGCCUCGGGUUUCUGCAGGGCGAGGAGGACUACCCCUCGGCCGACUGCUGCGACGGCGCGUCCAGCCUCGUGGCGGCCACGGCCACCACGGCCGACCGGCAGGAGGCGUACGAGUGCCUCAAGUCGGCCGCGGGAGAGGGCAGCGCCGAGGCGACUGCUGCGCGCGACUUGCCGGCCGACUGCGGCCUCUCCCUGCCGUUCACCAUCGCUCCCGACGUCGACUGUUCCCACGGCAGAGCACCGAGAACGGACGUUUGGUGGCCGAGCUGCCUGCAGGCCGGAAUCUCGCGCGUGCAGUAUUAGCGCUGCGAUGUGUGCGUGCCUAUUGUCUCGCGGGUAUACGGUAGAUAGUAAAUGCAAAUACAUUUGUGCCGUCGGCUGAUGUGCUAGCGCUGUACGUGGGCCUCCAGUGUGCGGGAUACGCAAGCACGUCAUGUGCUGCUGGGCUAAUUUGUAAGUAGCACAUGUAGCUUUGGAGCAACUAAUUAACGAGUGCUUCUUUCGGAUCGCGCGCUCUCAGUCAUUCGUCACGUGUUGCGUUUUUUGCGCUUCCUUUAGAUUUUAUUUUUUUAUUUUUCCGCAUGCGUUUUCGGCUUUUUAAACGGGUUUUUUUUCGGUUUUUUUUACAUUUUGAUUUUCUACUGGUCUUCCUUAGCUUUUAGAUCAAAAAAAUUCGAAAAAAAACUUUUGUGCAAAAAAUACGUGUUUUUUUCUUUC